UCCGGAGCGAAUCCCAUUGCUAUCUUUACUGGCUAGGGCAGCCACUACGGAGGAAAUUAUUUGGCUCUCCAAGGCUGACGGAAGACCCUUGCCCGCUUGUUGUGUGUGUGUGUGUGCUGGUUUGGUACUGUUGGCUACGGAUGCUACAGGGUGUCUCACUGCAGAAAUCGAGCAUCCAUCUCCAGGAGGCGAUUUUCUUCUCUUCUUCCUUCUCCACAACACUCCCACUCUUUUCCCGACUGACGUACACAAACGGUCGUUGGUAUUGCUUUCCUUUUAUUGCCCUCAGGUUUUCGUUCUUUUUAUAAACCGGGCCCCCCCCCUUUCGAUCAAUUUGUACUUUUGGUCAAGCCAUUCUUUUUUAUAAGGACCGGAGUAUCACUCUUUCAUCACUUUCCAUACCAUCCCCUCUUUCUCACUCAUCUCCGACUCUAACCCCCCGUUGAAAAUGCGUCUCACCAAUGCGCUUCUCAUGCUGGCCGCGGCCGGCACUGCUGCGGCAGGCUCCAAGCGGGGUGCUUUCGGUUUGGCCUUGGGCAACCAGAACACCGAUGCUUCCUGCAAAGGCACCAGCGAUUACGAAGCCGACUUCGAUGCGCUAAAGGAUCUGACUACUUUGGUCCGCACCUACUCCGCAAGCAACUGUGACACAGCCAAGAACAUUAUUCCCGCGGCGAAGUCGAAGGGAUUCAAGGUUGUGUUGGCUGUCUGGCCCGACACUACCGAUGCGUUCAAUGCCGACUUCGAGGCACUCAAGUCGUCUGUCCCCGGAAACGAGGAUGUUGUCGAGGCUAUCACUGUUGGCUCCGAGGUCCUCUACCGUGGUAACAUGAAGGCUCCGGACCUGUUGAACCGCAUCAAUCAGGUCAAGAAGGAGUUCCCCAACACUCUUGUUGGUACCGUCGACAGCUGGAACAAGUUUGCUGAUGGAUCGGCCGACCCUAUCAUUCAGGGAGGCGUUACUUACUUCCUUGCGAACGGAUUCGCCUACUGGCAGGAUCAGAAGAUUAGCAAUGCUAGCAACACCUACUUCGACGACAUGUCGCAGGCCAAGAACCACAUUGAAGAGGUUGCCAAAGAGAACGCCAAGAACAUCCGCUUUGGCAAUGGCGAGACUGGCUGGCCCACAGAUGGCGGCUCCAACUACGGCGACUCCAUUGCCGGCAAUGACAACGCCGAGGAGUUCUACAAGAAGGGCGUUUGCGCCAUGCUCACCUGGGGCGUUGACGUUUUCUACUUUGAGGCCUUUGACGAGACCUGGAAGCCCGACAGCAAGGGUGACAACGGUCAGGUCAUGAACGAGAAGCACUGGGGUCUCUACACUGACAAGCGUGUGCCCAAGUUCGACACCACUUGCCCAUCCAGCUAGAGUGUUCUCCAUCGAGCCCAAAUUUCCAUUACGUUAGACCUCCGUUGGCGUUGACUUCAUUUUUCUUCGUCCUUCUUGUAUCUAUAACACCAGCAGAUCAAUCAUGAACAUAGUGUCUUUGAUGGGU